AUGGAAGGUAAACCACAACAGCUGCAGCAGCAGCAACAACAAUGUGGGCAUCCAAAGCAUGAGGAAUACAUUUCUUCUAUUAAAGAGAUUGGUAAAAGGAAAGCGCCGUUGAAAAGAAAAUUAGUCAAAGUGCCGAAAAGAAUGUAUCAAGCUAUAGGAAUUAAAGAUGAUACGCUGAUUUGUAGUCGUUGCAUCGUACAAACAGAUAAAGAUCCUCAAUAUUUGAAUCAUCCAAAAUUCGUUAACCAGAGAGUUAAAACCCGUCAGAAUGUAGCUUCUAUGUUAAGGAUUGACAUGGUAGAUUACCCAAGAAAGGGAGAAGAGGAGGAAGAAGAAACAUUACCACCACCUGCCAAGAAAUUAAAGAAAAGUAGCAGUAGCAGUAAAUCGUCGAAAACUGAAGAGGUAGAAGAGAGCCAGAGAAAGGGAAAAGAGCGCAAGAAUGGUAAAGCUUCUAGCUCUGGUACCAAUUUGAAAACAUUUAAAUCAUCAAAAACGAACAAAAAUUCUUAA